AUGUCAUUCACUCAAAAAAUAGACUAUGAUGGAAAUGUGACGUUAUCAAAAUUUUAUUCAUUUAGUUAUCAUUAUAUCUCAUCUGCACAACCUUCAUCCCCGCGCGGUAAAAUCAUCUCUUCGCUUUCGCAGAAUGCACCUAAAGGUUACAUAGAUAUCACGAGCACAUGCUCUUUAAUAUCACUCAAUCUCGUUAAGUCGCAUGAUCUCGAAGGCUUGGUGAAAAGAAGUUGGGAUCAAAGAAGUCCCACUUUAAAAGAAUCAUCCCGAGUCAAAAAGAGACAACUAUUAUCGUUAAAAUCUAGAUUUCACUCGGGGAAGCGACAACCCUUUUUCAAUUCAAAGUCAAUCGUUUCAAAACGAACCAAAAGGAAAAGUGAGGAAUAUUGGAUAAAUCUUGAAAAUAAUAGCAUCUUUUACAAGAGUGAUCACGAAGAUCAAGAGCAUGACGGUAACAAAGAAUCCAAUGAACUCAGAAAUGGGGGAGCCGAAGCUCAUAGGGGCGGGAAAAAUGAUACCCAAAUUUUGACACUAUUGGACAAACACAAGAAUCUGGAGAUUGUCGGGACACUUUACGUACGUGUGCUUAUAGGUCCCGAAGAAGAGGAAGAAGAGUGGGAACCCUUGUACAUGGUGGUUGUCAAAAAUAUGGACGAACUAGGGGUUGGGGAAUUAGAUAAUAUUCCAGGCUCGGAAAUGGCAGAGUUCAGGCUGGGAACGGAUUAUUUACAAGACAUAGACGUUGAUAACAUUUGCUAUUCGUAUCUUCCAAAACUAUUGUUUGAAAAUGGGGUUUCCAUUAGUUUGUUUGACGUUAAAAAAGCUGAUGCCGUAAGUGGAAAAGGUUAUGGAAACAUCGAGAGGUCAUCGGAAAGUAGCAAUAGCGAAUCAGAGGAAGAGUUGAAUUCGGUAAACAGCAAUGCUAUUAAGAUCAAAUCCGAAACUAAGGAUGAUCUCAACAUUGUCGAUACCGAGAAUUUUGCAAAACCUGAAAAACCUGAUCAAAUAAUUACGCGAUCAAAUUCUUUAUCACAAUCUCCAAUUACUACUUCUACUGUGGUUAAGAAUGAGGAAGAGUCUCAACCCGAUUCCCCCCAAAAUUUAAUUGAUCCCCGUGAGGGACCAUUGGAGGAGAAUAGAGAGGACUUAUCUCGGAGUCCCUUGACAAUAUCAUCGUCAUUUGAAAUUUCAAAUGGAUCAUAUAAUGCGGAAGAACCUAAACCCGCCAAACCAACGAUCCAACCGGAUAAGAAGAUAUUCGAAUCUGAAACCCCAAACAAUACCAAUUACUCUCACGCUGUUAUAAUACAGCCGAAUUGGGUUGGCAUGCCCCUCGCCAUUGUCAUGCAUCACUUGCUAUCUAAUGUUUCUACCUCGAACAAAUUUCUUAUUUCAUCCAUCGGAGUCCAGCAACCUAUAAUGGAUGCGUACAAAUUCCCACGGGAGACGGUCGGAACCCAAACUUGCUUUUCUAAUGAAGGUGCCCGAUUACAGGUAUCGCAAUCCACAGUAUCCACACAAACAACCACUAUAAUGGACGGUCCCGUGGCGAUGCCACAGUCUCAGGCUUUAAAGGUUUCACAAUCAACUCAGACUCUCCCACAACCUUCACGAUCAACUCAAACCCUCAAAGUUUCACAAACUUCACAGUCAAUCCAGACUUCGGAAGUUUCUCAACUUUCGAAAGAAUGUCAAACUCGGUCAUCAGAUAUGGUUUCAGUUAAAGUUCAGGCAUCACCCGUCACUCCUAUCUUUUCUCCUCCGCCAGAAGUAUCCGAGGCAUCUAAUUCAACACAAAGGAAGGAGUUCGAGGUUAAGAAAAAGGCCGAGAAAACAAAACAUCAAGAGUGA